AUGAUAGACUUCGGAGACUUUGCGAGCACAGAGGAUGAAGAGAUUGAGCUCGAUGAAUUUGCUGAGCCUUGGGAAAAGUAUGAUCGCCAGGUAACGCCAAGCGUUUUCUAUCCUAUUUGCCUUGGAGAGAUUCUCAAUGAAAGAUAUCUGAUUGAGCAUAAGCUCGGUUCUGGUGGUUUCUCGACGGUCUGGAUGGCCCUUGACCUCCAGGAAAAUAAAGAUGUUGCUGUCAAAGUCUUGCGCACUGGCGAUUGCGGAGGCAUCGAGCUACGUAUACAAGAUGUGAUCGUUCAGAGCGUGCAGGACAGGUCCCAUCUUGUGACAUAUUCAGACACUUUCACACUGAUAGGAAACCAUGGUAACCAUAGGGUUAUGGUGUUUCCUUUGAUGGGGCCGUGUCUUGACCGUUAUACAGUGACAAACUUAGCUAUAAGUACUCGCAUGUCAGCUGCGAAGCAAUUGUUAAAGGCAUUGGAAGCUUUGCACAACGCUGGGAUUGUGCACCGCGACCUGAGCGAGAGAAACUGCCUGUGGGGAAUGGCACCUCUUCACAAUCUUAGCAGGACUGCUAAAUAUGAACUACUCACUCGGCCAUUAAAGAUAACCAUCCAAGAUAUCGAGCUCUGGAAGCCUGGAGAGUUGGUGCGGCCCAUACGAGUCCCUGAAACCCUGCGCACUGAAGAUUUCUAUCUCGCUGACUUCAGUCUGGCCAUGAAGGUUGGCGAUCCCGUGGCUCAACCCGGCGAACCACCUCUGUGUUUCUGCUCCCCGGAGCGUCUCCAUGGAGAAGCUCCAAGCUUUGCCUGCGACAUGUGGAGCUACAUGGUCAACUUUGUUGAACUUUACCAAGGGGGACGACCAUUCCAUGAUGGGUACAUAGGCGGAGUUUUGACGACUAUUACCGCCCGUCUGGGCCCGCUACCAGAGCAAUGGAAAGGAUCUUACAUCUAUGAUGAUUGUCUGGAUUCCUGGUACGACCAGAAUCGAACACCCGAUACGAACAACACCCUCGCAUCAGAGCUUGCGCGCUAUCGACCCGAUGCUGACCCGGCUGAACGAGAACUUGUGCUCUCCAUCAUGCAGAAGGUAUUCCUAUACUCGCCCGAGGAGCGUCUGACUGCGACGCAGCUUUUGGCCGAUCCUUCAUUCAAGGCUCUCAUGGCUCGGUAUGGUUGUUGA